ACAUGUAAACGGUUAAUGUACAUUUUUUUAGGCCUACCACCAACAGACCCAGAAGGCAAUGUUGUUGAGGAUGAAUUUGGAAAAGGUUUCUCCAUUCGAAGAAGUGUUGCCACCUUUAAAAUCAAGAAACAGGAGAUGGAGGAGCCCUCCAGGAAGAAGCUGCUCCCUGAGCCCCUCCAGCCCCCCUUUGUCCAGCCCCCCUAUACACUGGUCAUGGAGAUCACCGGGAUCCUGGUCAAGCCGGAGUGGACGAUUAAGAAUGGAUGGAGGUUUAAGAAGAGACCCGGGGUGGAUUAUUUCCUCCAGGCCGUCGGGCCACCUCUGUUUGAGACUGUCGUGUACACCUCAGAGACUGGCAUGAAUGCUGUUCCUGUGAUUCACAGCCUUGAUCAACAAGGACAUGUCAUGUACAAGUUAUACAGAGACGCCACGUGGUAUGACGGCAAAGAUCACGUCAAAGAUUUGUCCUAUUUAAACAGAGACCUAAACAAAGUUAUAAUGAUUGACUGUAAGUCGAAGUCAGUGAAGCUGCAGAGGAACAACGCGUUUGUUCUGAAAGAGUGGGACGGAGACGAGAAUGACACUGCACUGUUUGAUCUGGCUUCUUUUCUACAAACUCUGGCACACAGUAAGAUCGAGGAUGUUCGUACAGUUUUAGAAUACUACAUGCAGUUUGAUGACCCUAUUGCCAAAUUUAGAGAAAAUCAGUUACUCCUUCAGGAAGAGCAGGAAAGACAAAGACAAGAACAGGAGAAGCCAAAACAGAAAUCACCGUUUGAUUUUGCCAAGUCAUUUAGAAAGAGAUAGCUAUAGAACAAAUGGUUGAAUGAUUGAAAUAACUGAAUGUAACAUACAUAUAGAGUGCUCUUUCAUCAUUGUGACAUGUAAAGAUAUGAGUGAAAACUGCAUCAGAUGCAUGUCAAGUAUCAUACAGAUUUGUUCACUCUAGAUUGAAAUGAAAUGAGGAACAAUACAUGUACUGCCACUGUGAGGUGAUGAGACUGUCAAUAAAAUUG